AUUUUAAUGUCUGUGGCUGUGUUUGAGGUUAUGUUAUGGUGGUUGCAAGUUGGAGUUAUAUAUAUUUUUUUAAAUAGAAACCAAGUGGGUUUUUAAUCAUUUUGCUGCACAAACUAAUAAUUAUCAAUAUUUUUAAUAUGAAGCUAUAUUAAAGAACCUCUGAAAUUGUAGACCUGACAGUGUACUAUAAAUCCACAUAAUGUCUAGCAGCGAUAGCAACAAAGGUAGUAACAGCCAGGAAAAACCUGGUGAUGGAAUACGCGGAAUGAGAUCCACUACAGCCUUCAGAGUGGUUAACUUCGAGUUGUAUGCCAAACCUAAUAUAGUGAUAAUGAGCAUAGGCCUAACAUGUUUUGGUAUUGCUCUAGGAUAUAUAGCCUAUAUGAGACAAAAAUAUGAAGCAAUGGGAUAUUAUUCAGCAAUUGAUAAAGAUGGAAAAGAAAUAUUUGAAAAGAAGAAAUCUAAAUGGGACUAAGAAAUAAGAAUAUAUACAGUGUAAACUCCAUGUAAUGUCCCUCGAUUUAUCGGCGAAAUCCCUAAAGCGUCAAAACUAAUUGGUUUUGGUUGGUUUAGCUUGUUUUCCAUACAAUGAUACAUUCUACAUAGCAUUACACCCACCCUCAAUAACAACAACAAUUGAGUAAUAAAGUACCUUUUAAGUUGCUAAAAUUACUAAAAACUGUGCAGCUGUGUACAUUUUUUUUGUCGCUUUAUUAUCCUAGCCCACAAUAAACUCUACUGUCAGCAUCAUCCAUACGAACGUUCUGAGAAAUUCGUUCUUUAGUUUACGAAUUGGGAUUGCUUGCAUGUGUAGACUUGUUGACCAUGACGAAUAAGACUGAGUCGUGGAUUAGCUAUACGUUUUCAUAUACUUAGUUGUUCACAAACAACUUUUUCUUUUUCUAAUUCAGAUUUUUCUUAUCUCCAUUUAACGCCAACUCUUUAUAACGCCAAAGCACACAGUGCCCUCAGUGUCGGUACAUAGAGUUUACACUGUAUUUGGAAUGUUAAUAAUUUAGGUUUAGUCACUUGUCUUAGAAAUUGUAAAUAAAUUUUAAAUUAUUAAAGCUUGUUUUUAACCCUUGAUGCUAAAAUAGUAGGGUGUGAACCAA